AUGUUGUCUGUUAGAGUUGGACUUACUACUUUCUUGGUGACGCAUCUCAUUCUCUUGCUGUCGGUUCCAGUUCUUGGUGAUGACGAAAGAGAUUAUCUCCUUCAAGGUCUCAACAGUUACAGGCGAUCUCAAGGUGCUGCACCCCUUCAAAUGCACGACAAAGCGGGGUGUCUAGCAGACAAAAUCGCCGACGAGAUACAGGACCGACCUUGCCCGCCAGGAGGCGUUCCAACAACAACUUCACCCGGAAUUCGACCUCAGCUAACCAACUAUCCUGCCCUAGUAAAGGAGUGCAACAUUGACAUCAACAACACACUAGACGGUGUCAUAUUGCCCGUCUGCGUCCCCAAACGUGUUGCAACUCUCGUUCUCACAAACUAUACGCUGUCGCCUUACUCGGCCUCUGUCAAUAGCACCAAGUACACUGGAGUUGGCAUUGGUUUAGAGGACGACUGGACCGUGCUAGUCCUGACUACUAACACUGCUGCAGGAAGCUUUGCUAGUGCAGCUUGUUUUACUUGUUUUGUUUAG